GAGUGCGGAUGAUCAACGUGCAGCGCCUGCUGCAGGCAGCGGAGUUUUUGGAGCGCCGGGAGCGAGAGUGUGAACAUGGCUACGCCUCAUCGUUCCCCUCCAUGCCAAGCCCCCGGCUGCAGCAUUCAAAGCCCCCACGGAGGUUGAGCCGGGCACAGAAACACAGCAGCGGAAGCAGCAACACCAGCACUGCCAACAGAUCUACACACAAUGAGCUGGAAAAGAAUCGGCGAGCUCAUCUGCGCCUGUGUUUAGAACGCUUAAAAGUUCUGAUUCCACUAGGACCAGACUGCACCAGGCAUACAACACUUGGUUUGCUCAACAAAGCCAAAGCACACAUCAAGAAACUUGAAGAAGCUGAAAGAAAGAGCCAGCACCAGCUUGAGAACUUGGAACGAGAACAGAGAUUUUUAAAGCGGCGACUGGAACAGCUGCAGGGUCCUCAGGAGAUGGAACGAAUACGAAUGGACAGCGUUGGAUCAACUAUUUCUUCAGAUCGUUCUGAUUCAGAGCGAGAGGAGAUUGAAGUGGAUGUUGAAAGCACAGAGUUCUCCCAUGGAGAAGUGGACAAUAUAAGUACCACCAGCAUCAGUGACAUUGAUGAUCACAGCAGCCUGCAGAGUAUUGGGAGUGACGAGGGUUACUCCAGUGCCAGUGUCAAACUUUCGUUCACUUCCUAGAACCCAGCAUGACAUAACAGUGCAGGGCAAAAUAUUCACUGGGCCAAUUCAAUACAAAGAAUCUCUUAAAUUGGGUUCAUGAUGCAGUCUCCUCUUUAAAACUAAACAAAACUAUACUUGAACAAAGGGUCAGAGGACCUGUAUUUAAGCAAAAUACUUAGCAAAAAUUAGGGCAGAGCCUCCCCAACAGAACAAAUAUUCAUAAUACUCAUUGGAAAAAGUCGCAAUUUCUAAUGACAACAGAAAACUUGAGUGAAACUUUCUUAAUUUGAUUGAGUUGAUUUAAAAGAGGACAUUGGAGAUUCCAUCCUCUUUUUCUUUCCAUGUUUGCUCAUACGACAUGGAGUAGACACGUUUAAGGAUGGGGUUAUGAACCUUUUCUGACCUUUAUGGUCCUGAAAACUAUACUAAUAAAAAGACAAGAUAAUCAGGCAUUAAUUUUGGAUAGCUAAACAGCUGUUAAAACUCAGCCUGGGAUAGUUUAUCAUGAAGCCUGUGGAUGAUCAAUUCUUAGCUUUUUUUUUAAAGUUCAUUUCAUCCUCUGCAAAAGGAGAGACUCCCAUGAAGCCUUUUGAAAGGGAUCAUCAUGCAGCUCGGCUUUCUGUUGGAUUCCACGCUAAGCAAGCUAACCUUAUCCUGCAUUGUUAGCACUAGGGCACCCCACCUUCAGCUCUCCAGCCUGCCACCCUAGGGCACAUGGGGGCAGUUCAUGCAUGACAGCCUCUAUCAUACAAGGCCUAUGAGUAUGGAUUGGGGGCCAGAAGGAAAAAGCUCGACGUGCCUCUGUGUCUGUGUGGAUCAGAAGAGUUGUGCACACAGAUUAGCAGGCCAAGGUCUGAGCCACGGCAGCAUUUUUAUUUCAAAUUUUGAUAACUGUUUAUAUGUGUUGAAAACCAAAAUGACAUCUUUUUAAAGCUUGUCCAUUAAAAAAAAUAGAUGUCUUUUAUAGUGGAAAAACACAUGGGAAAAAAAAUCAUCUAUUUUGAUGCAGCAUUUGAUAAUGAUAAAAACACCUCACACCUCACUCUUUAUAGUGCACAAAAUGAAUGAGGUCUGGGCUAGGUAGAAAAAAAGGUCAAUGCUGUUUUUGUUUUCUUUUAGAAUCAUUACCUUUUACCAGCUUUUAACUAUCUGAUAUCUAUAGUAGACGCACUAUCAUAGUUAACAUAGUUAAGUUCAGCACUUGCCUCAUUUAAAUGUAAAGAUUUGCUUCCAUUUUCCUACAGUCUCUCUCUUUUCUCACAAUCCCACUGUGCAGGUGCUAUUGUUGCUCUUACAAAUAUUUUCAGAAAUGUUAUUUUCUUCUAAGUGAAAUUUCUAGCCUGCACUUUGAUGUCAUGUGUUCCCUUUGUCUUUCAAACUCCAAGCUUCCCCUGUGACCCUCUCCUUACCCUGGGAAGCCUUCCUGGAGACCUUAUGCCUGGCUCUUUGGACUUUGUAUACUUCAAAUAAUUUAACUACCCUUAAUUACUUUUUUUAAAAAAGCUUUAUGAUUUUCAUAACUUAUUGCUGAUUUUAAUGGGUUGUUAAUUUCAGUCCUGUAGUUUUAUUUUAUGUUUAGAUAGGGCUGGGCAAGGAAAAAGAAAAUAAAGACAACCAUAUUUAGCAGUGCAGUUGAGUUGUGUGUUAAUGUUAGACUGUCCUUUUGUGAGUAGCACUUUAACAGCAUUCACUACUUCUAUAUAUGAAGUGUACCAUCUUGGUCAAAUAUUAGGCCUCAGCAUA